AUGGCCGGAGGUGACGACAAGGAAAAUAGCGUUUGGUUUUCCUCCAAUGUGCCUGUUACGCCUACACAUCUGUUGAGCCGGUCUCAACCCUCGAUCUUGAAGGAUGUCAAAAAAUCGCCGCAACGGCGUGAAAUGGGCAGGAAACCGCUGGCAAGUAAGGACAACAACCGCACAGCAAAUUUGGUGACCCAGAAGGAACCUUUGCAAAAGAAAAGAGGCCGUCCCGUGGUGAACUUUGCCGGCAGUUUUAUAGGGUCAACACGACCAGGCCCUGCACCACGCCUCAAAAGUCUUGUGUUGCCAGAUUCAGUGGAUGAGAACACAAAAGAGCCAUACAGUGAUGCAUCCGACCCGGAUGAAGAGCUGGAAACGGACUCUAUAGCGGCCAAACUGCGGGGAACGCUUUCAGCACGUGACCAGGGAAAAACAGAAUCAAAUAACGAUCAGGAUGCUCAAUCGGGUCUCUUAGGUCGUCUUCAAGGCGGUAGUAACGGCCUACAGAGACUCUUGAGCUCGAAACCUAACUUGGGCUUCAUUCCGGAACAAUCACACAACGACAGCGACAGCAGCAGUGACCGCGAAGUCGAGACCAUACCGCCCAGACCACAGCCUUUGCCGCACAUCCCAAGUGCGUAUACACCAUUUGCAGACGAAGAGCUCGAAAAACUAAGGUCACCCGUAGGCCCGGCACUGCGGCUGUAUUACAGCGACGACGAUGACAGUGACGGACAAGGUGAUGAUGGCAUCGAUGCCAGUGCCCCAUUCAAAUCUCGCCAACUAUUGGAAUUGGAUUUUGGUUUCACCGGCAAUGAAGAAGAGGAAAAUGAUCAGGAACGCAAACGGUAUCAUGUACGUCAACAAAGUGAUGCACAACUUCCACACACACCAGCACAAGGGGAUAAUUAUGGCAGUGAAUCAUUAGAAUUGGAGCCCACUUAUGGUGGCGAGGGACUCACGGUAAAGGAACUUGAAUCGCUCCUGGAUUAG